AUGUGCCUUUGUGCGUGUGUAUGUGCGAGGUCCCCUUUUGGCACAGAAGCGGCAUCGGCCAUUGCCGGUGUCGGAUGGAUGGGCAAAAUCGAGCGGGACUCGCCGCCGAGGGAGGCGAUUUCGACGGAAAGAAAUUGGAUGUCAUCGCUUUUUGAAAACCCUGACCGGCCUGCUUGGCUGCCGCCUCACUCUUGUCUGCUGCCGAGGUCGAGGUCUGAAGGAGACGAGACGCCAAAGCUGGGAUAUCGGAAUCGAGUUGUCAGGCCAACUGGUACCAUUGCAUUUCUGGUCGAGAGGGAACAGGAAACCACUUGA